GUUGUGUGCAAUUCUGCUUGAAGGUGGCUUUUGGGGUGAGGGCUAUCUCUGGGUGGAGCUAGGGUAUAUAGGUGGGACACGAAGGGCUGGGACUCUAGUUACACAGCUAAAUGCAUGUACUGUCUGGUUUUGUGUGUCAGCUUGACACAGCUGGAGUUAUCACAGAGAACGGAGCCUCCCUUGAAGAAAUGACUUCAUGAGAUCCAGCUGUAAGGCAUUUUCUCAAUGAGUGAUCAAGGGUAGGGGCAGGCAUUGUGGGUGGUGCCAUCCCUGGGCUGGUGGUCUUGGGUUCUAUAAGAAAGGAGACUGAGCAAGUUGAGGGAAGCAAGCCAGUAAGUAGCACCCCUCUAUGGCCUCUGCAUCAGCUCCUGCCUCCAGGGUCCUGUCCUGACUUCCUUUGGAGAUGAACAGCAAUGUGGGAGUAUAAGCUGAGUAAACCUUUUCUUCCACAGCUUGCGUUUGGGUCACGAUGUUGUGUGCAGAAAUAUAAACCCUGACUAAGACAAUGGGAAUGUCCCUGCAUGUUGCGUGCUGAACUUUCAGUGUGGCUGUUUUAAACCAUGGUCCUGCCGCCUCAACCCUUGCUCUGUAAAUGAGCCUAGUAAAAUCCACUGAUUCCUCAGGCUGAACUUCGGGGUAGUUGAGACUGUAGGAGGGUGUCGAUGUAUUUAUAUCUCCCCAAGGGAAGGAAUUUUAAAACGCAGGUAUACAUCAAAAAGCCUAGCUGCUUGUAAUUUUUGAAGCAGAUGAGAGAACCCCUAACCAUCUAUCUGUGAUUUGCGCAGAUAAGCAAUUUCCUUUUUUUGUUAGCUGUAUAUCUUCCUGGCUUCUAGUAGUCCCAUAGUGACCUGUCAAGAAAGCAGCACAUCCUAACAAUUUCUUAUUUCUAAAACUCUUUAAAAAAAACAAAAACAAAAAACAAACAAACAAAACCACCCGACUCUUGGCAUUUCCUGCCUGCCCUCCCCCUCUUCAAAACUCCCUGCUUUCAAAGUUUAGAAAAGAGCUUUGCUUCAGUACUAGCGUGAAUUGAAAUUUGAGGGCUACAGACCACCUUUCUUCCUCAUUGGUAAAAUAGAGGUAAAAAUACCGAUUUUGCCUGACCUGGUGGUUUACCCCUGUAAACUCUUAACAGUAGGUUGAGACAGGAGGAUCAAGAGUUGGAGGUCACCAGGGCUACAGUGUGAACUUCUGUCUCAAAAACAAAAAUCAAGCCCAUUUUGUAAAGUUGUUUGAAGAUAACCAGCAUUACAGUUCUUAACAUGUGUUGUUCACAAUGCUACACAAGGUAGGAAAUGACUUUAUCUUCUGGUCAUCUUUGACCUUGGGGAAGCCUGGCCCUUUAAGACAGCGCCGCCCCAGCCUCCAGCGCGCGCCUCCUGCCCCGCCCCGUCUCUCCGGCUUGGAGGCGGGACCUUCAAACCCGGAACUGAAGGCCUUGCGUCUCCCGCGCGGCCAAUCGGCGUCCCGGAAGGAGCGAGUUGAAACAACUGAGCCAGUGAAUGACAGCAGCGCCGCCCGCCGGUCGCGACCGUAGCCCCGCCGGUGUCGCGAGCCUUCUGUCAACCCGCCCCUCAGGAAGGCGAGUGGCGGCGUGCCUUCGCGCCGCGCCUCCUCGAGUAUCUGUGGUCCUGCGGGGUCUCCCCACUCUCCCCGGCCCCUGCCCCGCUGUCCCUUUGCUGCUGGCGCCAUGGGCAGCGAGCAGAGCGCGGAGGCCGAGAGCCGCCCCGGCGAUCUGAACGCCUCAGUGACUCCAUCUCCGGCUAAACAUCGGGCCAAGAUGGAUGAUAUCGUGGUGGUAGCUCAGGGCUCUCAGGCCUCAAGGAAUGUCAGCAAUGAUCCCGAUGUCAUCAAGCUGCAAGAGAUUCCAACCUUCCAGCCCCUUUUAAAAGGGCUCUUGAGUGGACAGACGUCCCCAACAAACGCAAGGCUGGAGAAGCUGGACUCUCAGCAGGUGCUGCAGCUCUGCCUCCGGUACCAAGACCACCUGCACCAGUGCGCAGAGGCCGUCGCUUUCGACCAGAAUGCUCUGGUCAAGCGAAUCAAAGAGGCCUCUGCGAUCCCUGAACCGUCUCCGAGGGACAGACCCAAAACUUGGCUGACAUCUUGGUGGGAUUCCACAGCUCCCGCUUUGCACGCUGGUCAGGAGAGCGUCUUUCUUGUCUGAGGGCGGACUAAAUUGCUGGGAAUUGCUGAUGUGGAAGGGUAUGGUAACAGUCAGACUGCAGCUCAGACAAGAGGACCCUAAGGAGCUCUGAAAACAAAUGUCAUUUCUGGAAUAAAACGUCUUUAUCUCAAACACAGAGAGGGAGUGCAGAGCAGUACUCUGUCAGAGUCGGAACAUGUCCUCCAUGAUGGCUCCUUCCUGUACCCAGAGUACCUCAGCAUUUAUUUCCCUUUGCUUUCUCUGAGACUUUGACUCUCUGUAGUCAGACACUCGCCUGCCUUCCGUAUGAUGUGUAAUGGUCAUCAUUGAAGUCUCCACAAUCGGCCGAAUUUAGGCUGUUGGCUGGUCUCAUCUCCUACACUGUGCCUUCUGUUCUACCCGCCCUGCUAGACUAAUCUACGUCCUGCAGCACUCGUCCUCCCUCAGACACCAGCCUAACCAUCCUCAUGCCCCUUUUCAGAAGGAAAGGGUUGUUUCUCCCUUAGAAUCUGGAAAAUGUUUUCUGGAUCAAUUUAUGCACUGAAUGUGCAUAGUUACACCUAUGGUGAGUAGGAAAUGGUGUGGGCCUCUGGACUCAGCAUCCAGUCUCGUGUGCAGCUCAUAUGUAGUAGCUCCUGGUUGAUGGCAGGGGUGUUCUUACCAAAUCCUUAGUCUGCUGUCACCAUCUCAGAUUGAAAACUCAGUUCAUUCUGCAGGCCAGUGGUAGAGGAGUUUGGUGAGGAGUUUAUCUCAACCACAUCUGCAGUCAUUCUCUGGGUCACAGGGGCAGGUCAUACUUAGAGGGAUCACAGAGCACUUAGCUGAUCCAGGUUGCCAGCGUAAAAAUACCAGAAUGUAACUUAACUCGAACAGACUUACUUUCCUUUCAUCUUGGACAUUGAAACAAGGAGUCCUAAAAUGAUAGCUCUGUAUGUUUGGAGGUCUUCAUCUGUCUGACUGUCUCCCUCAAUUUCUUCUUUGACUUUUGGGGCCCAGAUUUAGUAUUAGCCUUCCAUCCCCAGGGUCUCACUCAGACUUAGGCCUGGAGCUGAGAAUUAUAGUGAGUGUGAGGCUCUGACUUCAACUGAGCCCGUAGUUCCGGUCUAGCCUCCUGCCUUGCUCCCACACAGCCUGACAGCUCUUUCUUUCUCUUAUUUGCUGCUGUUGGUAGCCUUUUCCAGUCCAGGUGUGAGGGGCAUGAUCUGCUGAAUUGAACAGGUUUUGUUUAGGAGACUGACUUAAGUUUUAAGAUUUCCUUCUUAGUUAGACAUAGCUUAGAAGGGAAGCCAGCAUAACGAGAAGCUGGGCAAGCCAUAAAAUAAUACUUGGAACAGCGUGAUGACGUCAUUCAGAUCCCCAGCUGCUGGCAUCUCUCAUUUUCUCAGACAUGAGUAAAGUGUGUUCCUUUACUGACACGCUUGGGUAGAGUAUUUGAACAAAGGAAAUGGGGUCAUUUCAAAAUGUCCAGUAUGCGGUAAUCAAUGCCACUCAGCCUGUGGUGUAAUUAAUGGAAACAUUGGCGACAGUCUGCCCAUUGUUUGUCCUUGCGCAACAGGAAGUGGCAGGGCAAUAGGGAGCCCAAGGAGGUUUACGUAAUGCAGAAGGAAGUGGCUAGAGCCCUGCUCAGCCGGCAGCUUUCUAACUACAGCCUGGCUCACCUGAGCGCCUUCCUCUUCCCAACACACACAGACGUGCAUUUGUUGAGGCCUUUGAGUUUUGACUUUAACAAUAGAUUUUUGUUUCCCUUAUAACUAGAAAUUUUGUCCUGAGAAACUUAAUUUUAGAUCUCAUACAAUUAUAUUUUGUGGCAAGGCAGAACAAAUUAUGGAAAAGAAAAUGUGGCCAACAGGCUUAACUGUGUACUUAACUUGGACAGUGCUGUGGUAGCUCUUGAGGGCAGGAGGUCUGGAGUUGGGUGUCGGCUCUCCGUGUCAGCUGUGUGACUUGAGGUGAGGUACCGACUACUCUGGAGCAGGCUUCCUCUAUAAGAGGACAGCCCCCAGGGCUCUCAGUUUUCCCUGCUUUGUCAUGAGCUCCCUGUGAGGUAAGGUGGUGCCUGUCAGAGUGUGCAGUGUGUGAAGAGACACUAGCCCCUGCAGUGUCCGCUCAGAUUUGCUUUGUGAGUAUCCAUGUUAGAUCUGGUAAUGUAUUACUUUUGUUUUUGAAAAAGUAAAUGCGAGUAUUUAUGUUAGAAAUCAAGUGUUUUCUUGCUUGAAAGCACUAAAAAUUGGUGUUUUGAUUCAUUCAUUAUGUGUUUUGAAAAGGCAUCACACUUGCUCGUAGCAAAAGUUCAGCGGAUGAAUCUGCGGGUCUGCUUUGCUGGAACUGGCUGGUAAUCUUGGGCACAUUCAGUCUUCAGAUCCCAGUUUCCAUCUUUAGCAGGAAAGUGGUAGCUCCCUUGAGGAUUGUCCUGGGACAUAAAGGUAAGGCGUAUAAAGUGUACAGCAGUGUCUGCCGUUUAGUGGAUACUCAGGGGACACAGCUGUAACUUGCAAGUCGUCUUGUCACAUCUAUUAAUAUAAUGAGUUAAUCAGAGAAUAUUGUAUAUGAGGCUCUACCUUCCAAGUCACUCUGUGGAUUACCAAAAGAUCCAGUCCCAACACUGUAUUUUUGUUUUCUGUAAAUCAACUGUGAUUUGCUGGAGUGGAUUUUGUUCUCUAAUUUCCAGAGUAAAAGUCUUGUUUGUGAGAAUGAGUGGAUGCAGCUUGUUCUGAAAGCUAUUGUUGUAGCCUCUUUAGAACGAUGGUCUCAGAACUUUCCUUGGGGAAACAAGGUCACCAGAAUAUCCAUACGUGGUAACACACGCCCUUCAGCCUGUGAUACAAUUGACAAGAACCUCCACCCACUGUCCCUGUGCAAGAGACUCAUCCAGAAAAGAGAACGCCAAGUCUUCUGUGGGAAUGGAAGGGGCGAUCUCAAGGUGAACCAGAAGGCCAGAGAACACCUACUGACCCCAAAAAGAUCUGGGUUCAGUGUGGCCUACUCCAGCCUUUUGGUGGUCUGAAUCCCAUUAGACAUGAAAAAGUGGCAGUGUGGCAGGAAUAAUAAAGAGUGGUGGUGGCCAGAAUGAGCUGGCAUGCAUGACAGCAGGGCCACCUGUUCUCUGAAGUGGAGACAGCUAACGGGAGACGCUGCCAUAAGGAAACCUAAUCACCAGGGUGUAGGAUGGAGACCAUGUGAAGGUGCCUCCAGUCAGGAGCAUAAGAGAGAUAGCCUGUGCAAACACCCUUUCACUGUGUACACGCACAUCAGUGUCCUCCUUAUGUCCUUUCACUGUGUACACGCACAUCUCAGUGUCCUCCUUAUGUCUUUUCACUGUGUACACACACAUCUCAGUGUCCUCCUUAUGUCCUUUCACUGCGUACAUGUACAUCAGUGUCCUCCUUAUGUCCUUUCACUGCGUACAUGUACAUCAGUGUCCUCCUUAUGUCCUUUCACUGUGUACAUGUACAUCUCAGUGUCCUCCUUAAGAACACUUGUUUCUUAUUAAAAAACAAAA